GGGAAACUAACACGGCUAAGCUCCACACGCCCACCAUGAACACCAUCGUGCUGGUCUUGCUGUCUACCAUACUGCUAGUAUGCCUCAAGACAUAUGUGGAUCUGCGGGCUUCUCUGAAGGCCAUCAACAACCACCCUGGUUAUUGGAGCCUCAUAUCUUCAUUUGGUCUCCUCGGCUUCAUGUUUCAAGAACCAAGGCGUGGCGUAAUUGGAGGCAACCUUCGCUUUUGGCGCAAGAGGCACCUCGACUUUCAAGAAGCUGGCAUCGAUGUUAUUAGCCAUACUUCCUUCUUCCCUAAUGUGGCUUCCCGCUUAAUUAUAGCGGACACUGCUGUAAUCAAAGACAUUACCGGAAACAGAGUACGGUUUCCGAAACCGUCAUAUGAUGCACUUAGAGUCUGGGGUGCCAAUAUCAUCGCAUCGGAGGGGGAGGAGUGGAAGCGCCACAGGAAAGUUAGUGCUCCGGCAUUCUCGGAGCCCAACAACCGCCUGGUGUGGACCGAGACGGUGAAGAUUAUGAUGGACCUCUUCGAGAAUCUCUGGGGUUCCCGAGAAGAAAUCGCCGUCGACCAUGUUGUUGACUCAAUCACAUUGCCUGUCGCAUUGUUUGUCAUUAGCGUAGCAGGGUUUGGGCGGCAGGUAUCAUGGCAGUCUGAUCUCGUACCGUCGCCUGGCCACAAGCUGUCGUUCAAGGACGCCCUUCACGUCAUAUCGGUGGAUAUGUGGAUCCAGAUAUUCAGUCCAAAGUUCCUCUGGAACUCGGCUCCCUUGAAGCGUAUUGCGGAUGUAAAGCUUGGUUAUGAAGAGCUCGAGCAAUAUAUGCUCGAGAUGGUACAAGAACGCCGUACCGCCGAGAAGAAAGAGGAGUGCUAUGACCUUUUCAGCAAUCUCUUGGACGCUAGCGACUCGGAGUCUGACGGAAGCGUGCGAUUGACUGACCGAGAGCUAUUAGGAAAUAUCUUCAUCUUCCUUCUGGCUGGGCAUGAAACCACGGCACACACCUUGGCAUUCGCCUUUGGACUGCUGGCAAUGCACCAAGACUACCAAGAAAAGCUGUACCAGCACAUCAAGAGCGUGGUUCCGGAUGGGCGGUUGCCUACAUAUGAGGAGAUGAAUUCGCUGACCGAAUGCAUGGCUGUCUUCUACGAGACGCUUCGCCUUUUCCCUCCUGUCCAAUCCAUCCCGAAGGUGGCGGCUGAAGAUACGACUUUAGUUGCUGCAGAUCAUGCAGGAAACAAGGUUGUUAUACCAGUGCCUCGUGGAACAGAGCUGCAACUUAGCGUUAUCUCAGUGCACCGCAAUCCUCGCUACUGGGACGAUCCACACGCCUUCAAGCCGGAGCGAUUCCACGGCAACUGGCCUCGCGAUGCUUUCCUACCAUUCAGUUCCGGAGCCCGUGCCUGUCUCGGACGACGCUUCUUUGAGACUGAGGGCAUCGCGAUCCUCACUAUGCUGGUCCUCCGGUACAAGAUUGAGCUCAAGGACGAGCCCGAGUUCGCACACGAGACGUAUGAGGAGCGCUGGCAACGCCUUUUCAAACUCAAGCCGGUUAUCACUAUUGCACCUGCUCGGCUGCCUCUCGUUUUCAAGAAGAGAUAGAGCGUAGCAUAUGGAUGAGGCUGUCUGCUCGCAUGAAUUAUUGCUUGGACGGAUUUACGUUCAUACCCUGUGUCUUGGCAGUUUCUUAUUCGGAGUGCGGAUCUACAGUUGGCACCUUCGCUUCAUCUACUGAUUUUUGCGAUUCGCUUGCGGAGAAAUUGGCUCGCACUGGCAAUAGAAACGAAAGCUUCGUG